GAACGCACGUCUGCCAAAUUCACCUCUGCAAACGCAAGCAUCAUGGCUCAGUGCUCUAACGACUUCGCAGCUCUUCUCAGUCAUACCUCCGCGGCCCCAAACGCAGAAUAUGCUAGGGAGACAGUUGCGCUCAGAACCUUCACAGUCUUACUGCUAUACUCUUAAGCUUUGCUCACCGCCGGCAUCUCGCCUACCUGAGGUGAUCCCGGGGCACCCAACUUGUCAGCUUGAGCUUGCAAUGCAUAGCGUGCGAGAAGCCGUGGAACCAAUGCUAAAUAUCUUGAGUAGAUGGGUAGAUGCACGGUGGAUGCAACGCGGCAGAUCUAACCAUGCUUGUGUACGUUGGUACGGAGCCACACCAUCACAAGCACAGAACAUGAAUGAUGCAAAAACUGUGCUUCUUUGGCUACAAGAACACUUGCGCUGCUUUUGUUGAUAAAGGGCCGAUAUAUGACUACGACGAGACUACCCACCACCUGAGCCAGUGGAGAACGGGCAAAGCGCGCUCCCGUCAGCGCACUGGAGAAGACAACAGCAUAACUGUCACGGU